AUGCCGUCAGCCUGCGUUCAGCAUGUCACAGCGACAUUGAUGCCGUUUCUCUACCCAUCCGUCCCCGAAACCCUCCUCUACUCAGCGCGUCCGGUCUUAUUCCGCCUGAGUCGGACACGCCGCCCGCGAUGCUACAGCAGCCUCCACCAUGAGACCAACUACGAGUCUCAGCCUGAAGUCGAGGAGCGCUCGCUUAAUCCUCCGCCCGACUCCUACUCGACCACGCCGUUCGCCGACAAGGCGACAUUGAUGCUCCAUGCUGGCCCCGGGGGCCACGGCUGCAUCUCUUUCCUCAGAGAGAAAUACAUUUCUGAAGGUCCUGCGAACGGCGGCGACGGCGGAACGGGUGGCAGCAUAUAUAUUCAGGCUGUUCGCGGCGAGACAUCUCUCCACAAGCUGGCACGGCGUCGGGAGAUACGCGCUGGUCGUGGCAAAAACGGCCAAGGCAAGCUGAGAGGCGGAGAGCGCGGCGAGGAUGUCCUGUUGGCAGUGCCUGUCGGUACGGUGGUGCGAGAGAUCUGGCGCCAUGACCCCGUUGAAGAGGAGCGGGAGCGCAUAAGACAGGAGCGAGCAUUACGGAAGGCACAGAAGGCUGCCGGGGAAGAGGCGCCACAGCAGGUGCGCCCUGAGAAGUGGCUGCUCUACCCUGGCGCCUCGCCUUCACUGCUCACGCGUAGCGACAUGCCCAAACUGCCUGGCCCGCAGCGCUCUGCCAUUGCACACUCUGCUCCCCAGGGCCCCAUCCGCUUGGACUUGGACAAACCGAUGGACCGCCCGCUGCUGCUUGUUGCAGGUGCCGUCGGUGGACUGGGAAACCCGCAUUUCAUCAGCAAGACCAUACAGCGACCGCAUUUCGCUACGCGAGGGCUGGAUCCAAUGAGGUUGGCUGUGCAGCUCGAGCUUAAGCUUCUCGCAGACGUAGGCUUGGUUGGCCUGCCCAAUGCCGGCAAGAGUACCCUCAUCCGCGCCCUCAGCAAUAGCCGUGCCCGCAUUGGCAACUGGGCCUUCACCACUCUGCAACCCAACAUUGGCACCGUCGUGUUGGACGAUUACAAGGGCCGUCCGCGCCUCGGCCAGCGCCGGGGCGCCGCCCAGCGCGACAACUUCACCAUCGCGGACAUCCCCGGCCUAAUUGAAGACGCCCACCUAGACAAGGGGUUGGGCUUGGGUUUCCUGCGGCACGUCGAGCGUGCCGCGAUCCUGGCAUUCGUGGUUGACCUCGCCGCCGGAGACCCCGUCGCUACGCUAAAGAGCCUCUGGCGCGAGGUUGGUGAGUACGAGACAUUACGCGGCCACGAGCUUAACGCCGAGACACAGCGUUCCAUGGGUGAGAGACCAGCCGCAAAGCUGUCCAGUUCGGAUGUGUUCGAGCCGUCGGCGGCCCUGCACCUUGAACCGCUGGCGUUGCCGCCAAUGUCGGCCAAACCAUGGUUCGUCAUCGCGACUAAAGCGGAUUUGGAAGGUACACAGGAGAAGUUCGCCGAGCUGCAGGCGUAUCUGACGAGCAUAAGAAAAGGCGAUGUGGAGCAUCCCAGCGGGAAGAAGAAUGCGUGGAAGAAGAAGCUGGAGGUAUUGCCUGUCAGUGCGAUCAAUGGCGAAACUGGCGGAACUGAGAGAGUCAAGGAUAUGGUCGUGGGCAUGUUGGAGGAGGAGGGGCUGUAA